UUUCCCGCCGCGGUGGCGUGCAUCUUCAAUUUCUGCAUGUGCGUCAACGCAGCCUGCGUUUUCCUCCCCCCUCCCUCCUCUCCCAACUCCCACCUUCCUUUAGCCAGCAACCACAAACGUCCUGCGCCCUCGCUUCCGGCAGUGGCUCUCCCAGCGCGUCUGCAUCCUCACAACCUCAACAGACAUCAUCCACCAACUUCGUUUCAACAUCCUCCUCGCGACAGAAAACAUCCAGCAUGCCUCCUAAGAAGUGGGACGACGAGGAGAGCGACGCCUCCUCCAGUGAGGCCUCCUCCUCUGUGCCCGUUGGUGCCCGCCGCGCCAAGUUCGACGACGAAGAGGACGAAGCAGAUGUUCUCGACUCCUGGGAUGCCGCUGAAGAUUCCGAAGUCGAGCGCGAGAAGGCUAAGAAGGCCGCCGACGCCAAGGCCAAGGCCGAGGCCGAAGCUGCGGCAAACAAGAAGUCCAAGAAGCAGCGCAUUGCUGAGCACCAGGCUGCUCGUGCCCGCGAGCUUGCCGAGAGUGGCGAGGAGAGCGAGGAGGAGACUGAGGCUGACCGCCGGGCCCGCAUGCGCGCCACCGAGAAGGAUUCUGACCUGAAGCACGCUGAGGACCUCUUCGGCAAUGCUGGUCUCUCGGUCGGCACCGGCAAGGGCCGCAGCACCACAACCAUCGGCUCUGCCGUUCCCCUCGAUCCCAAGGACCCCAGCAAGACGGUCGACCUGAGCGCCAUGCCCCUCUUCAACCCUCAGACCAAGCUGCAGUUUGAGAACAUGCGCGCCAUCAUGACCCCCAUCAUUGGCAACAACUACAAGAAGGCGCACUACACCAUGUUCCUGCAGGAGUUCUCCAAGCAACUCGCCAAGGAUCUUCCCAGCGAUCAAAUCAAGAAGAUCGCCAGCACACUCACAGCACUCAGCAACGAGAAGAUGCGCGAGGAGAAGGCCGCGGACAAGUCUGGCAAGAAGACCAAAGCCCAGAAGACCAAGACUACCCUGGUCACAGCGAGGGCCAACACCCAGGACACUGCCAACUAUGAGAAUGAGGAUUUUGGAGAGUACGUCAUUCAGCCAGUUCUCCCUCCUCAAAUGACCAAGACAACUAAUAUUGCGUGCAGUGAGGACUUUAUGUGAAACCCUCAUCUCAAAUACAUACUCCAGUAUGGGACCGCCCGCUGCUAAUGUUUCCCCGAGCGGCUCGGUCAGCCUCAAACUGCAACCACGCCGUCCACAACGAGACCCCAUACAGGAUUCCUCAAGCGCCGCGCCGAGAGUUCCGCUGCUCGCCGUCGAGUGCCGUCAACAGCACGGUUGUGCGUCCCGACGAAGUUUCUGGACAUGAUUUGCACAGAUUUGCCCAACUCCAUCACAUGUCAGGGGUUGGUUGUGUCUACUUUGCAUCAGCGAAAGUGCGAGGAUGCUAGUGACUGGCAAAGAAGCCGCACUGCUCGAAACAUGAACCACGAUAUCUGCCAACAUGAUAGAUAGAUUUGUUUUGCACAAUGACCCAAAAAA